AUGGGGGAUUUCAACUAUCCCCCUAUUGACUGGGUACAUGUCACCUCAGAUCGGGAUGCAGAGAUUAGGUUUCUUGACACCUUAAAUGACUGCUUCUUGGAGCAGCUAGUCCUGGAACCCACAAGAGGAGAGGCAAUUCUUGAUUUAAUACUAAGUGAGCUUUGUUGUUGUUGUUGUUGUUGUACAACAACUGGCCAGCAAAAUUUGAGAAAACUUACCAUUGGUGUAUGGAAUGUUCGUACCCUCAAGGAUCGAGAAGCUGUUGCAAGACCUGAGAGAAGGACAGCCCUCAUUGCUCGAGAACUAGUCCGUUAUAACAUCAAUAUAGCGGCAUUAAGUGAAACAAGAUUGCCUGGGGAAGGUUUCUUGAGUGAACCAGGAGGUGGUUACACCUUCUUCUGGAAAGGUAAGACUGAGACAGAGGACAGAAUACAUGGAGUUGGUCUGGCAAUAAAAACCUUAUUGAUGCAUCAACUCCCAGACCUUCCAGUGGGUAGCAUAGUACGCUUCCCACUAAAUGCCAAACAUCAUGUCACCAUCAUCAGUGCAUAUGCACCCACUUUAACAUGCUCUGACAACUCAAAGGAACAAUUCUAUGAAGAUCUCGACAGACUGAUCAAGGCCACACCUGUAACAGAUAAACUACUCCUACUUGGAGAUUUCAAUGCCCGAGUCGGGGCUGACAGCGAGAACUGGAAAGGAGUAAUCGGGCCACAUGAUGUAGGCAAAAUGAACAGUAAUGGAUUACUUCUUUUGAGUCUUUGUUCUGAAAAUGACCUGACCAUUACCAACACUCUGUUCCGACAAGCGGACAAAUACAAAACGACGUGGAUGCACCCUAGGUCCAAACAGUGGCAUCUGAUAGAUUAUGCCAUUGUUAGAAGGCGAGACAUCCGAGACGUACUGAUUACCAGAGUAAUGCGAGGCGCAGAGUGCUGGACAGAUCACAGAUUAGUCAGGACGUCUCUUCAACUCCACAUCGUUCCUUCUCGGCACAAACGCCCUAAGCAUGUGCGACCUGCUUUCAAUAUAGCCAAACUGAAGGAUGCUCAAUGUUUCAACAAAUUCCAGAAGAGUCUUGAUGACAAACUGACAUCCCAUGGACAACUGAUCGGUACUGUAACCGAAAAGUGGGACCAGUUCAAGCAGAUAGUGACUGACACAGCAAUAACAUCUCUUGGACCAAAGAAAAGAACACAUCAGGAUUGCAUGAUCAUCAACAUCUGGGAGGAUGAAAACAUACCACAAGACCUUCGCGAUGCUACUAUUGUCUCUCUUUUCAAGAACAAAGGCAGCAAAGCAAAAUGUGGAAACUAUAGAGGCAUAUCCCUCCUCUCUGUUGGAGGGAAGAUCAUCGCCCGCGUCAUCUUGAACCGCCUAAUAGCCAGUAUUUCCGAGGCAAAUCUACCUGAAAGUCAAUGUGGUUUUCGACCUGGCCGGAGCACAGUCAACAUGGUGUUUGCUGUCAGACAAAUACAAGAGAAGUGCAUUGAACAGAACAUGCACCUGUAUGCUGUCUUCAUAGAUCUGACAAAGGCUUUUGAUACCAUCAACAGGGAACCCCUUUGGACCAUUCUAACACGACUUGGCUGCCCAAGAAAAUUUGUCCAGAUUAUAGGCCUUUUUCAUGACAGCAUGACAGGCGAAGUAUUGUCUGAUGGAGCCACAUCAGCCCCCUUUAACAUCACCAAUGGCGUGAAACAAGGAUGUGUUCUCGCUCCUGUCCUAUUUAACCUGUUCUUUGCAUGUGUCCUUAACCAUGCACUGAAAGAUCUGGACCGAGGUAUAUACUUGAAAUACCGGCAUGAUGGUUCACUUUUUGACCUCCAUCGCCUGAAUGCAAAGACUAAGACAGUGCAGAAACUCCUUCUUGAGGCACUCUUUGCUGACGACUGUGCCUUCAUGGCUCACACUGAAAAUGAUCUUCAGCACAUUGUCAACAAGUUUGCUGAGGCCUCGCAACUUUUUGGACUAACUAUCAGCCUCGGAAAGACAGAAGUUCUCCAUCAACCUGCACCUGGAUCAAAUGCUUCUGUCCCGAGUAUCUCCAUCGAUGGCACUCAGCUGAAAGUAGUGGAGAACUUUAAAUAUCUGGGUAGUGUCAUAUCCAGUGAUGGAUCACUGGAUAAUGAGAUCAAUGCACGAAUAUCCAAAGCAAGCCAGGCACUUGGCUGUCUGCGUGUCAAAGUUUUAAAUCACCACAACAUCCGGAUGUCAACAAAACUGCUUGUGUACAGAGCUGUUGUUCUUUCAUCUCUUUUGUACGGGUGCGAAACAUGGACACUCUAUAGGCGUCACAUCAAGCAGCUUGAAGCAUUUCACAUGCGCUGCCUCCGCAACAUCAUGAAGAUCCGCUGGCAAGACAAAGUGCCCAAUCUCGAGGUCCUCGAGAGAGCCCAGAUGACAAGCAUCGAAAUGAUGAUCAUGAAGUCACAGCUACGUUGGACCGGUCAUGUCAGCCGCAUGGAUGCCAACAGAAUCCCCCGCCAGCUUCUGUAUGGU